CUCAUACCAGCUGCGUCUGCGCCACCUGGUCUGACAAACAAUCUGAUCGACCCGUUGACUAAGGAUACUACGGCUGGAAUCGUCCUGGCGAUUGCGGGCAUGGCCAUAUCGACUACCUUCCUGCUCAUCAGAAUCUACACGAAAGCAUUUCUGGCUCGGAUAUUUGGCAUCGACGAUGUGUUACUCAUCGUAUCUUGGAUGAUGUCGUUGGUCGUCCAAAUCACGAUCGUCUACCUCAUGGCUGUCAACAUCAUCGGAGCCCAUAUCUGGGACAUAAGCCUCCUGGACUUCAACAAAAUCGUCCGGAUUACUGCCAUUGAUUCCGUCGUCUAUCUCAUUGUCAUGGCACUGGCAAAGUUCUCGAUCCUUCUCUUCUAUCUCAAGCUCUCACGAGAGAAGUGGUUCACGUACUCGAUCUACGGCGUCAUGGCCUUGGUCGUCGGGUUCAGCAGUUCCCUGGCGCUCGCCCUGAUAUUUGCCUGCACACCUCUCAAGAAGGUCUGGGAUGUAAUGGUCACUGGAGGGCAUUGUAUCAACCGAGGACAGAUCUAUCUGGCGACCGCGGGUCUGAACGCGGCAUCGGACAUCCUCAUGCUGUUCCUGCCCAUGCCUAUGCUGAUCAAGCUUCAAGUGCCGAAGCUGCAGAAAAUUGGACUGAUCUUCAUCUUCAGUAUCGGCUCUUUAACCAUGGUUACAUCCGUGAUCCGUCUAUGCCUGAUGCCACCACUCGUCAAAUCCACCGACAUGUCCUGGCAUCUAGCCACACCAGCCACCUGGAUCUGUGUCGAAGGCAAUCUGGUCGUCAUCUGCGGCUGCUUACCAAUCCUUCGACUCUUCCUCAGACAUGUCGCACCACGUCUCAUCGGCGAAUACGGCAACGCAUCUGCCAGUGCUCGUAGUGGA